ACAACACAAACGUUGUUUGAUUCCAGCGGUUCAUUUCCCAUUUCUAUUCUCAACUAUAAAUUUCUGACAGAUCAUCUUGUACCUUUGUUUUGUCUUCUGUAGAAUUAUAGAUAUUAAUAAUUAAGGAAAAUAUGGAAUAUUCAAAGAUAUUAAUAGUGUUUUCAUUUUUUGUCUGUUUGAGCGUAUCAGAGAAGGUAGUUCCUCCAGAACCAAAUACAAGGGGAACAGCUAUAGUUCCUACCAAUUCGACAUUCAGUCCAAUUACCACUUCGAACCCUAAUAAUACAACUACUAUUUCCCCAAAAACAACUACUAUUUCCCCAAAUACAACUACCAUUUCUCCAAAUACAACUACUAUUUCCCCAAAUACAACUACUAUUUCCCCAAAUACAACUACUAUUUCCCCAAAUACAACUAGUAUUGCCCCUAAUACAACCACACCUAAUCCAACAACCACUCCUUCUCCAACUACCACUGUUCCAACGUCUACUCCCUCUCCGACACCUCUUCCCAACCCAUCUACAGGUAAUUGGAGUUUGAAUUAUGACAAAUCGAAUUAUACUUGUCUGGUAAUAGAUGCAGCUUUCCAAAUUGAAUUGUUAGUGGUGAAUUCUACAUCGAAGAAAAUUAACAUUCCUGUAAAUGCUACGUCUGAUGGUAGUUGCGGUAACAAUACAGAUAUUUUGAAUUUGAGAUGGGAUGGAAAUGUUAUAACAAUGAAUUUCACCAAAAAUGCUACUGAGAAAAAAUUCGAUUUGGAAUUCAUCAGGGUAUCUUUGAAUGGUACCAAAAAUAACACUUUAAUUCACGAGAAACCCGAAUUCAAAACUUUAUUGGAUCAUUCGUACAAAUGCGCUAAACUUCAAACUCUAAACUUUACCAAGGAACAUGAAAAUGACACAGUUGCUUAUUUACACAUUAGUCAUGCGCAGUUCCAAGCUUUCUCGAAUGUUACAGGACAUCAUUUCUAUGAUGCCAUCGAUUGUGAAGCAUCGAAUAUAACAUCGGACGUCGUCCCGAUCGUAGUUGGUUGCGUCCUAGCAAUUCUUGUAGUGGUAGUAUUGGUCGCCUACCUAUAUGGAAGACGUCGUUGCCAGGCUAGAGGAUACCUUUCAAUGUUUUCUGAUACAAGAAGCGAUUCGGAUUAUAUUCCUAUGAAAAAUCUGUCCUGUUUUAAGUAAUUUUCACGAUAUAUAUAUAUAUAUAUGAUAUAUAUAUAUAUAUAUAUAUAUAUAUAUAUAUAUAUAUAUAUACAUGUAUAUUAAAAUUUUCAAAAACGUCCAUAUAUAAAUUUGAAUCAGGGUAUUUAUUACACUGAAAUUUAUUUUUUAUAUAAACAGCUGCAUUAAAGUAUAGGUGUGGGGACAAAAAAAUCCAUACAAAAUGUUUUAAAUUUUCAUUAUCAGUUUUUAAAAUAUAUAGCGAUUUUCCAAAAAAGUCCCAUUUGGGGACCAUGAGAUAUCUUCUGGCACACAUUUACUGGUUGGUUUACGAAUGCUAGGUCUGCCUAACCUCUUAGGAUCAAAAAUUGAAAACGUUAUCAAAUAGGUUCUUGCUAUAACCCUCUUGAACUCAACGAAUGGGAUUUUCCCAUUAGCUUCUUCAUGAAGUACAUGGGCAUUUACAGCAGUCGUGUCUAUCAAAUUUGUUAUAAGAGGAAAAUACCAUUUCUUACCUCGGGUUUUUAUUAUUAUAUUUGUUUAUCAGCCAAUCUAGUAACUUCCAAGUUACUGCAAAAAUAUGUUGGUUCUGUUGUAACUAACCUAUCAAAAUAAAAAACAUGCUCAGUAGGGUUGUCAACCAAUGAAAUGUGUUUUAGAAUACCGGAGGCUCCAAGACCUUCAACUGGGAGAGCUCGGUUCUGUUUUCUCUCUGCAUGGAAACA